CUCGUCUUCCUGCUUUCUUCAUUUCUCCUCUGUCCUCCGUUCGCGUAAGACCUGAGACUCUACCUGCACAGGAUGUCGUGGCAGUCCUACAUCGAUACUCUGAAGACGCCCGAUCAGAGCGGGAUGGUCCCAGUGAUGGAGGGGGCCAUCUGUGGGAUCACACCUGGGCAGGAGAGUGUGUGGGUCAGCACGCCGGGUCUGUCGGGCAUCACGGUGGAUGAGAUCAAGAAACUCGGCGGCGACCGGUCUGGCUUCGGUCAGAACGGAGUCUACAUUGCAGGGCAGAGGUGCCGGCUGAUCCGGGACCAGAUGGACAUGGAUCCCAUCUUCGCCCUCGACCUUAAGACCGCAGCAGAUGCUGAAGGCAACACGUUUGGAAUCUGUGUGGGCAAAAGCAAAACAGCUGUAGUCAUAGUAAAGGGCAUAAAAGAUGCCACCGGGGGACAGCUGUCCAGCAAGGUGUACAAUGUUGUCAGCCACCUCAGGAAGUCCAACAUGUGAGACAAUAUGGCCGCCGCCCCCCAUCCUGACCCGUUGGACCCCCCAGAGUUUCAGUAGUUUUGUCCCCCGUACCCUUCAGGUGUAUUCUGGAACAACCUGUGUCCCCUCAGUCCUCGGUGACUGUCUGUGUGGCGGCUGUCUGUCGGUGACGUGAACUGCCUGCACACACGUGUUCAAAGCAGGGAGUUCCAUGUUCCACAACACGGGAUGAACCGUGUCUAAUCCCACACCUGAGUUAGGAAUAACCAACAAA